ACGUGAGGGAGGAGGGGGCGGCGGGCGGCAGCGGGAGCCGGAGUUUCCCCGACAGCUGGAGGUUGCGGCGGCGGCUCCUCCUCCCCGCUCGAGCCAGGGCCUCCCCCCCCCGCGCUCCUCCUUAUUUACAAACACACAAAGGGCCGGGCCGGGGUCGCGUCUGCAGCCGGCAUGGGAGACAAGAAGAGCCCGACCAGGCCGAAGCGGCAGCCGAAACCCUCCUCGGACGAGGGCUACUGGGACUGCAGCGUGUGCACCUUCCGGAACAGCGCCGAGGCCUUCAAGUGCAUGAUGUGCGAUGUGAGGAAGGGCACCUCCACCCGGAAACCUCGACCUGUCUCUCAGCUGGUUGCACAACAGGUUACUCAGCAAUUUGUGCCCCCAACACAAUCAAAGAAAGAGAAAAAAGACAAAGUAGAAAAGGAAAAAAGUGAAAAGGAAACAACUAGCAAAAAGAACAGUCAUAAGAAAACCAGGCCAAGAUUGAAAAAUGUGGACCGGAGUAGUGCCCAGCAUUUGGAAGUUACCGUUGGAGAUCUGACAGUCAUUAUUACAGACUUUAAGGAGAAAACUAAGUCACCACCUGCUUCCAGUGCCGCAUCUGCAGAUCAACACAGUCAGAGUGGUUCUAGCUCUGACAAUACAGAGAGGGGAAUGUCCAGGUCAUCUUCGCCCAGAGGAGAAGCCUCAUCGUUGAACGGAGAAUCUCAUUAAAGUUUAUUUUCUCCGGUUUCUUUAGUCUCUUCUCUUCAAAACAUGCAAAUACACAAUUUCUGCCAACAGCUACCACAUUUUCAUGACAGAUUAUCCAUGCACAAUUGAUAUGUUUACUGGAACAUAAUUUAUGCAGUUUUACAAAAGUGAAGUGAAGCAGUAGAAAUAAUAAUUUAAAUGCAAUCUACAAAUGCCUACAAAGCAUUUUCAGACUAACUUUUUAAUCUUCACAUUUAAAGGUGCCAUGAAAAUGUGGUUUGAAUGUUCAUUAUGCAGUGUUAUUGGUAAGUCCAUUUUCACUUUUAGUUUAGUGAAUUCUAACACAACUCUUGGAGUCUCUACUAUUGGCAUGUACUGAAUUAAAAUUUUUAUAACAUAGUUCAAGCUGCCUAAAUAUGUAUUAUUUGAGAAUUGUGAAACAUAGUUAUAUGUAUGCAGAUCAAAGAUCAACUUAAUCAACUAUUGCUGCAACAGAAUUUUCAUAAUUAUUAUCUUCUUAAAAACACCUGCUGGUACUUGGUGUGCUUAAAUAGGAAAAAUGUUAUUAAAUAAAACAUUUGUAUGAAUUUUUGCCAAUGUUUGACAUCAUUUACUAAAUUACUGUUACUGAAUUAUGUUGCUGGUUUUACCAAUAUUUUCCUCACACUUAAAACACUUAUUGUAAUGUUUAUGAACAAAAAGAGUGAACAUACUAUAAACAUUGGUUAUUUAGCUUUAUAAUUCAGAUACAGUACUACACUGUCAUUAGACACUGGUAGUCUAUGUUCUAUAACCAAUAUCAAAUCUCAAAUGACUAAGCAUUUGGCAAAAACUAAAUUUUUAAAAUCUGAAAUUCUGGAAAAGCUUUAAAAAUAACUUUUUAGUACAGUUUUCAUUUCUGCUUAGCAUUAUUUCCUUGCCCCAAACUUGCCCAGUGUCAUAGUUGCAUAUCAGUUUAGUACAAAAAUACUAUGUUGCACAGGAGUAAGGAAAUAAGUAAUACUAUUACAUUUUGUUCUUAGAUCAGCUUCUUUGAUUUUGAAUUGGCCCUUUAUUAAAUACUGUAGCAUCAGUCAUAAGAAAAAAAAAAUGCAGUACCCUAUUUUCUGGCAUUUAGCAAUAUACUGAUACAGAGCAAAAAUAUUUACAGUCCCACCCGGUAUUAUGUAAAAUAACCAAUAAAAUAUUUUUAUGAAUACAGAUUUCGCAUUUUUGUUUACAACUAGGUGUUGUUUUUUUAUGCACAAAAAAAUCCAUAUAUAGAUUUAAAUUAUAGGGUCAGAUUCAAUACAAAAAUGCAUCUGGCUCCUGUCCAAAGGAAGCCUGUUCACAUCCCAGUAAUUCUCUUUGUGUCUCAUUCAAAAUAUGUAUUUUGGGGCCAAUGUGAAAGUGGGAUGGACUUCUUUUGGUAGUGAAUCCAGCCCUAAAAUAUUACCUUCGUAUGAUGCAUCCUGAUAAUAGCUAAAAUAAUGGAUUUUUGUAGACCCUGACAAUUGUGGUGGUUGGUGGUUUCUUGUAGUAAUGUACCUUUCUGUUUUUUAAUGCAGUACUUCUACAGGCACAAUGGUACUGUCUAUUUUGUAAGAUGCGAGUUGUGAAAUACAGUUAGUUGCAUAAAAUGAAA